CCAGCGCGGCAGGUGGUGGCGUCUACCCGCACCUAGCCAAACCCGGACCGCGCGAGGAAAGCGCCCUGACCAAGCCGAGACUGGCGGCCUCCCGGGGCUGGGCGCUGGAGAGAGCGCAGUUGCAGGAGUGGCCGCUGCCGAAGUCCCCGGGCAGGGGGCAGGGCUAGAGGAUUGCACGUUCCGGGUGCCGGGGCGACACUCUAGCCCCAGGGGACUCGCCGCCCAGCCCCCGAGGGUGCAGAAGCGUCUGGCCGCUCACCUGGGGCCGAGAGGGAGCUGCCGGGCGGGGAGGUGCCGCAGGCACCGGGCGGGCAGGGCGGGGCAGGACAGGACGGCCGCCUCCGCAAGUGCCACCCGGCCCACCCGGGCCUCUCCCUUCUGCCCGGGACGUCGGCGGCCGGGGCGCUCGCGGGCCGGGGCUAUAUGGGGCUCCCGCGCGGGCCGUUCUUCUGGCUGCUGCUCCUGUUCACGGCUGCCUGCUCGGGACUUCUCUUUGCUCUGUACUUCUCGGCGGUGCAGCGGUACCCGGGGCCCGCGGCCAAAGCCAGGGACACCACAUCAUUUCAAACAUUCUUGCAACCCAAGGCAUCGAAUUCUUGGACAGGAAAGGGCCAGGCCUGCCGACACCUGCUUCACCUGGCCAUUCAGCGGCACCCCCACUUCCGUGGCCUGUUCAAUUUCUCUGUUCCAGUGCUGCUGUGGGGGGACCUCUUCACCCCAGAGCUCUGGGACCGCCUGAGCCAACACAAAGCCCCGUAUGGCUGGCGGGGGCUCUCUUACCAAGCCAUCGCCUCCACCCUGAGCCUUCUGAACAGCUCAGAGAACGCCAAGCUGUUCGCUCCGCCCAGGGACUCCCCUCCAAAGUGUAUCCGGUGUGCCGUGGUGGGCAACGGAGGCAUUCUGAAUGGGUCCCGCCAGGGUCCCAACAUCGAUGCCCAUGACUAUGUGUUCAGACUCAAUGGAGCUGUGAUCAAAGGCUUCGAGCGCGAUGUGGGCACCAAGACUUCCUUCUAUGGUUUCACUGUGAACACGAUGAAGAACUCCCUUGUCUCCUACUGGAACCUGGGCUUCACCUCCGUGCCACAAGGACAGGACCUGCAGUAUAUCUUCAUCCCCUCAGACAUCCGCGACUAUGUGAUGCUGAGAUCAGCCAUUCUGGGCGUGCCUGUCCCUGAGGGCCUGGAUAAAGGGGACAGGCCGCACACUUAUUUUGGACCAGAAGCUUCUGCCAGUAAAUUCAAGCUGCUACAUCCGGACUUCAUCAGCUACCUGACAGAAAGGUUCUUGAAAUCAAAGUUGAUUAACACCAAUUUUGGAGACCUAUAUAUGCCUAGUACCGGGGCUCUCAUGCUGCUGACAGCUUUGCAUACUUGUGACCAGGUCAGUGCCUACGGAUUCAUCACAAGCAACUACUGGAAAUUUUCCGACCACUAUUUCGAACGGAAAAUGAAGCCAUUGAUAUUCUAUGCAAACCACGAUCUGUCCCUGGAAGCUGCCCUGUGGAGAGACCUACACAACGCUGGCAUCCUUCGGCUGUACCAGCGCUGACCCCAAGGCACUGAACCCUUUGCUUCUUCAAGACUUGCGGCCCUGAUCCUCUCAAGUGGCCAAAAGCUUUUUUCUUAACUUUUCAAUCUUCACCUUCCUUUCUUUCCAACAGAGGGCACUGGGGUGAAUUCACGACUAUCAUCGAGGUCUGUUCAAUCCAGGACACCCCAGCUUGUCCUUGGCUCAUCCAAGAAAACUCCUCUAUGCAUCUAAAACAACACAUCUCAAUCUUGGCCAAGGGAAAAUGGACUGCUUUGCUGGAUUUGCACUGAGCAAAUUUAGGAAAUGUCGGUGGAGUGUUCACCAAGAUCAAACAGCAGUACAGGUGAAAGGCAAACACACAAGCUCCAGCCCAAAUCCUCCUGGUGGCGCAUCCUACCCCAGAGGCUAAGGUGAUUCAAGGACUCCAGGACACCUCUUAAGAGCCUUUCUAAGAACAUGAUAGGCUUACUUCUGCUCCAUAAUAAAGUGGGAGAAAAAAGAAUGUAACUUAAGACUAGAUAACUGUGUACAAGAUGGACCAUUUUCUUUUUUUUGGCUGGGUCGAGAAAUCAUAUAAAAUGCAGGGUGUUCAGCAUGGAGAUCACUCUCAGAACACUGGGAGGGUCUGGCACUCGAUGGGGGUUAGUUGCUUGGCAGCCUGCCUGCCACUGAGGGAAGUCCCAUUAGAGACGUAUCCCCACCUUGUCACCAACAGGAUGAUGUUACCAGGUAAUAAACCCUCAUCCU